AUGCUCAGUUCGGUUUGUGUCUCCUCUUUCAAAGGACGCAAGGGUGGGAACAAGUCGCCCAACAAAGCAUGUUACAGUGCAGACAUGACUUGUCCGUCAGACAGCGAGAAAAUAGUAAUAAACUGCGGAGGGGUGCGACACGAGACUUACCGCAGCACCCUCAAGACGUUGCCCGGUACCCGCUUAUCUUGGCUUACCGAUCCGGACGCGUUUAGCAACUUCGACUAUGACCCCAAAAUCGACGAGUUCUUCUUCGACCGCCACCCUGGCACAUUCACAUUCAUCCUCAACUACUACCGCACAGGCAAGCUUCACUGUCCCAACGAUGUGUGCGGCCCACUGUUCGAGGAGGAGCUCGCCUUCUGGGGCAUCGACGAGACGGACGUGGAGGCGUGCUGCUGGAUGAACUACCGUCAACACAGGGAUGCCGAAGAGGCGCUGGACAGCUUCGAGCAGCCCGAGCCAGAGGAGCCGGAAGACGACCUGGAGCUGACUGCGGACGGAGAGCUCAAGAGGCUGUGCCUGCACGAAGACGGACGCAAGAGGAGCUGGUGGAGUGUGUGGCAACCCUAUUUCUGGAAUCUUUUUGAGGAUCCGUAUUCUUCCAAGAAUGCCAAGUACUGUGCGUUCCUCUCCCUUCUGUUCAUCCUCAUCUCCAUCACCACCUUCUGCCUGGAGACGCACGAGGCCUUCAACACCAUCUACAACAAAACAGAAAAUGUGACGGUGGGCAAUGUGACAAGUCAGGAGAUCGUCUACGAGGUGGUGACCGACGGCUGGCUCACCUAUGUGGAGGGAACGUGCGUCAUCUGGUUCACCAUCGAGGUCAUGAUGCGCGUGAUCUUCUGCCCAUGCAAGAAGGAGUUCUUCAGUAGCACCCUCAAUAUCAUUGACUUUAUUGCCAUCAUGCCCUUCUACCUGGAGGUGGCGCUGAGCGGUCUGGAUUCCAAAGCCGCCAAAGACGUGUUGGGCUUCCUGCGAGUGGUGCGCUUCGUCAGGAUCCUGCGUAUCUUCAAGUUGACUCGUCACUUCGUGGGUCUGCGGGUGCUGGGCCACACGCUCCGCGCCAGUACCAACGAGUUCCUCCUCCUCAUCAUCUUCCUCGCCCUCGGGGUGCUCAUCUUCGCCACCAUGAUCUACUAUGCCGAGCGCAUCGGUGCCGACCCUGACGACCCUACGGCCGCCAAACACACAAACUUCAAGAACAUCCCCAUUGGCUUCUGGUGGGCCGUGGUCACCAUGACCACUCUGGGCUAUGGGGACAUGUACCCCGAGACGUGGUCGGGGAUGCUAGUGGGCGCACUGUGUGCCCUGGCGGGGGUGCUGACCAUUGCCAUGCCUGUGCCCGUCAUCGUCAACAACUUUGGCAUGUACUACUCACUGGCCAUGGCCAAGCAGAAGCUGCCCAAGAGGAAGGGCAAGCACAUCCCUCGGCCCACCAUGCCGGGCUCGCCCAACUACUGCAAGCCAGAUGCCCUGGCCAUGGCCACUGCCGGGCCGGGUAUGGUGGGCUCAGGCAGCCUGGGGGGAGGGGACUGCCCUCUGGCCCAGGAGGAGAUCAUCGAGAUCAACAGGACAGAUUCCAAGCAGAAUGGCGAUGCGGCCAAUGCAGCCCUGGCCAAUGAAGACUGCCCCACCAUAGACAUGGUGCUUGGGGAGGAGAGGAGUCCUGCUGCUGGGGGUCUGGGCACCGGCGGGAGUCGUGAGCGCUAUCCCCAUGACCGCGCCUGCUUCCUCCUCAGUACCGGAGAGUUCCGUGCUACAGACGGCAACGUGAGGAAAGUGUUGAGUUUCUAAAAUUACCCUUUCUGUCCAAGAAGAGGAACAACCUUAGGACACAAUUCACCCAGAGCUCCCUACUGGAUUCACUGUAGAAUGAAGGGAUACGUAACUGGAGGGAGAGAGAGAGAGAGAAAAGGAGAGAGAGCGAGAGAACGAAAGAAAGAGAGAACUGAAGGUGAUGAUGAGCGGAUGAUAGAAGACAACGAGAGUCAAAAAGAUUUGUUCAUCCCUCCACACCAGAAGCAUCCUUCGUUCCUGCGGACUCCUCAGUCAGCACCAUCCCUUAGAAAACAAAACUGCAGACCAACGUGACAGACUUACAGUGACUCUGAGUACCUGGAAAAGCAUCACACUGAAACACAUACCUUAUGUCAGCAUACUUUACAGAGUCUUACUAUACUAAGUCAUUGACAUUGAAAUCCCAGACAUAUAAUAAAAGAAACAAACAAUAGAACAGAAUUCCCCUAGGAAAGAGCCAAAGGGUUAUGGGAUAGGAGGACAGUGUUCCACAACUUGGUUGUCAUCCUACUGUGUCAUAGACUAUGUAUGCUUUUAACCACUGUCAAAUGUUCCCUUGGACAAAUUACAUCUUACCGGCUCUUCAGAUACAGUAUAUUCAAAUGUUUUUAAAUCUUCCUAUUUAGUACUUCAAAGAUCGGACGUACAGUAGGGUAGGCUAUAUAAUAAACAAGCUACUGCAGUGGUCUGAGAUGACUCAACAUAGUCAGCGUGGAUGUGACUACAGACAAGGAGAGCCAGGUGCUAGCCAACGGCCAAAUACAUUUACAUCACAGUAAUUGUACCGUUUUACAGCCAAACACUAUGCAAAGCGAUGAGGCUGAACAACCAUUGCAUCCAGUGACUCUUGAGUCAGCCCGCUAUGGUGACACUAUCUUCUUAUGUUCAGUCAGUCACACCUGUUGGACUGUUUUCAUCGAUUUUACAGCCCUCCUCUUACCUCUCACAAGAGACACACUUCAGAAGAUACUGAAUUAUGGGCCCCAAUAGUAGAGCAACCAGGCAUAUAGUAUACCAGGCCAUUGGCCAUUUCAUAUAAACCUGUGCGUAGAUCUGAAAUACGAUACACUCCCUGACUGACUGAUGCUGACGCGUGUUGCAUGAGAGUGUGUCGGCUGACCCGAACAGAUCAACUCAUCGACCACUUUGAAGGAUUUGGACCUAAAGAAAACCAGUGUGCGCAUGUGGGAGUGUGUGUGCUGAAGAGCUGAGGAGGACGCCAAAGGAGAGAGACACUGGAAGCAUUCGCAACACGCAUGCCAAGAACGGGAAGCGACUGCUGGAAAACAAGGACAUACAUUGCCCUCACCUUCUCGCUCUCAAUCUCUCCCUCUCUUUAUCUACACCCCUCUGCAUCUCAGCAUUGCUCCUCCUCCGUAGCAAACUGCAUGGCAUGAUCGGAAAAAAAACCUGAAGAACGAAACGUAGAGAACAAAAGGAUGGAGAGAGAGACCAGAGAGACUUUAUUUUUAAAACCAAACAAUCAAACAAUCAUUGUCACAUCAACCUUUUUCAAAAAUAUCCAAUUGGUAACUAUUUGCAAGUGUCAAGAUAACAAAUGGUCAACUGCUCGCGGAGAGAGUGGCUCCUGUAAAGGUCGCUCUCCUUUCUGUAGAAAGAGCACUGCACCUCUGGGGGGAUCAGAAAGAUUUGCAAGGAAGUGCGAGAAAAUAGCGGGAACAGGGUGAACUUUGAUAAACAAUUCUGGGGAAAAAAGUGAAAAUGCAUUUUUAUUCCUUUGUUUACCAGCAUGACUAUUCUGCAUGAGUCUACUUCUGCAAGCCCUCACCCCACCCCCUCCGUAAAAAAAGAGGGCUAGGAAUUGAAAAAAUGAACAAAAUCGAGAGGAAACAAAAAAUAUUUAUGUUAUAUGCAACUAAUAAAAAAAGAAAAAGAGCAGGAUUAUAUUAAAAAAAAAGAUCUAUAUUUUGUUUUGGGAUAAUAAAAAAGGAAUAACGAAAAAAAAAAUAGGAUUGCAAGAUACACAUUGAACAAUGUUUUCUUAGAUAAAUAAGAUACAAACACCACCAAAUCUACCAGAGAUGAACUAUGCGAUGAACUUCCCCUGAUACUACAACUACUCUACUACUACUUUGAUGACUACUCUUCUUGUGCUCUGCUACUUCUUCUUCUACUGCUCUCACUCUCUGGUCCUACCGCCCUGAUUGUGUCCCCUGCUGCCAAUUCUCUGUCUUCCACCCCACUGUCCAUCCAGGUCCCCUCUCCACUGUCUGUCUGUAUAACUAUGUUUAGUUGGACUGUACUCAGAUCCGAUGGGUCAUAUUCACUAGGAUCCAAACGGAAGCAAACUGCCCGGAACGGGAUGGACUAUCCCUGAACUUGUCUAACACGUUUUCCGCUGCAAAGCUGUUUGCUACGGUGUGCACUAAUGAAUACGACCAUGAUGGACUCUGUUGUUGUUCUUUCAGUCUCGUGCUCAAGGUGGGAGAUGGCAGCUUCACCACCGGGACACGGUUGUAGACUCUAUAAGGUCUCGGCUAACUAAAACAGUGUAGCGAUACCUAGCGGAGAUCAGACCUCACACCGUCCCCAGGCUAAUUGCCUACAGAGCAUUGGGAGAAAGUAUCUGAUCAAAUGAACGAGAUUCGCGAUGACCUAAUACAAUACAUUAUAUCGAUUGGAUCGUGUAGCCCAAUAACACUGUAGCUAGCUAGCACCUGUAGCACUGCACUGACUGGUCAGAUAGUGUCAUAUUAGCUCAGCCCUGAUAUUGUAGCUGUACGAUGCAUAGCUUUGUACUGCUAUGACAUAAUGUACUGUAGGCCUAUUUCCAUGAUUAUAGGGAUGUGCAUAACGUGUCAUUGUGGCAUUUAACAUAAUCCCCCCCCCAAGCUCGCUAACUCUACAGCCCUUGUGACGGUCAAUAGUGUUUGUUUUACACAUACUGGUGCCCCCGGCGUUGGUGAAGCAGCCAUCUUUGCUCCAUUUCUUCAGGUGGGGAUAGCAUAUUUCCAGGAAAACUGCUGUUCAAAUAUGCAUGAAGGGAAUGCCGAACGGUCUAUCUAUGCUAUCAUAUUGAGCUUAUCUAGAUGAAUUGUUGUUGUUCUGUUGAUGAAGAAAAGCUCAUGUUGACCUUCCACCUCCACUGCCUGUUUUGCAGUUUGGCUGGAUGCAUCACACCAGGCACCUCACCGCAUGCUAAACAACAGAUUGUGGGGUUUUAUUUCCCCCUGUUUUUCCAUGUUUGUUUUCAAGUGAAAACUAAUGUUGCUAUGUUCAGUUUCUAGGCCCGUAUGUAUAGGUCAUAUCUCGCCAGUCACCGCAAACCCUCUAGCUAGGCCUACAUCAGAGUUUGGAUAAUAUGAUGUAGCCUACUCGUUGUCGCCCUCUACUGGGCUCCAGUGCGUUGCGGGGGAUGUAGUUUAUCCCCAGUGAAGUGUCAUCAUCUGAGCCGUGGUUCGUCUCUGGUGACACUCUGGGUGGUAUUUAAUGUUACAAUGGAGGAGGCGAGUUAAUUAUGUUUGGGGUCACAUUCAUUGACCUUGUCAAAUACAAUUUGGGUCACAUUCAUUUGCAUAUUGCUAGUUUAUAUUUUUGUCUCAAAUGAGUGUUAACUUGCCAAAACUGUUGCUUUGUUUCAGUUUGUUUAUUUGUUAUUACGCAAUGAUGAAGAUUUUGAUGAUGUUCCAGAGAUGCUGGGGGCUAACUGUACUGAGAACUGAGCAACUACCUAUGCAAGAGUUUGACUGUAGCAUAUGAUUAUACUUCAGUGUUUCAUUGUGCCAAAGGAGUUCAGUGUGUUAGGUCUGUCUGUUAUGUGGGAGGGCAAGAAUGGGGCAGGGUAAUGGUGGAAAAAAAGGGGCAGCUACUAUAUCUAGCAUGGUGCAUUGUUUACUGAAGUGUGUGGGGGUUAAAGUAAUUAGAAUAGGGGGGUCAGGGGUCUCCCCUGGAGUUUGCCAAUCAGGAUAUGUCCCUGUACUCGCAGUUUUCAUUUGAUACACUGGAUCUCUGUCAUUCAUCACCUUAUGUCUGAUUCCUCCCCCUUUCCUUCUCCUCGACCCCCAUCCCUUUCAUAUUCAUUCCCUCUCUCCCUCUUUCAACUCCUGCCUACUCCUUCUUUCACUCUCUCCCUUUCCAAAAAAAGUGUAUUAUGGCACUAUGUUCGUUACCAAAAGGAUGACUUGAAAUGAUAGAGACAUAAGUAAUCAUAGAUUAUGGAAGGAUGCAUCACUACUAGACAUUUCAUUCUGAAGUUGGAAAUUAUUGUUUGUGGGGUAAAGAAGGAGGGGGAUCAGGUGCAAGGUGGAUGGGAAGAAGAGGGGAGGGGCACAACUGGCUUAGGUACAGCUAAGGACAGAGGUGAAUGGAUCAUACCCCCCCCCCCCCCCCCCAUCAUCCUUCUGGUAGCACAACCCACACAGACCGUUCCAUUUAAAAUGUCGGGAGGGGGGGGGGUAUUGUCAGAGCAAUAAUUUCUUCCAAACCCUCAAUUUUGUGGGGGAGUCCAAUGCCAUUUACUUAAACUUACUGUCAAAGUAACCUUACCACCUCAAAAAAAAAAAAACACAAAAAAACCUCUUAAUGUUUUCAUCUUGAUUUGAUAGCAUGCAUACACACAUCUAGUCUCUGAGUUUUGGGAUGGGUUUUCACAAAACAGGUGGUGAAUAUACUGUGAAUAACCGCCACCUUAUGUGAAUGGCUGUACUACCACAGUUGUGAGUCUGACUGUGUGUUAAUAGGAAUGUGUGUGUGUGUGUGUGUGUGGGCUACCUGAAGACAUGUGCAGGUGGGGGUGUGUGUGAUCCAGCUCCUGAACUUGGCCACACCCACUUUAGAGGAUUGACAGCUCAACACUUGCAGAACUUUACUUGAAACCCAAAUACAAAACAUAUCAAGAGAGGAGCAGAGUAAAGCCAGAAAACCCGCUGUCAUAUAUUCUCUUUCCCCGACGUCUUCCUCCCUCUCAUCCCCGUCUCCUAUCCCCUUCUCUUUCUCUCCCUCCACACAUGUUUGAGGAAGAAGCUCUUUUUGCAUCCUUGUUCUUGUGUUUUUCUAACAUAUUGUUUGAAGUUCAAUUGUAAUGCAUGUGUGGGAGAAAAAAAAGACGACUUAUUUGUGAAUGGCCAGAAUGAAGUAACUCUCUUUUCGCCGGCAAUCUCUGUCUUCCUCUUUCUCUGUCAGCCAGUGGUGAGAGGAUGGGGGGAUUAAAAAAAGAAAUCUAUAUCACUUUUUAUUAUGUAGAUUUUUUUGUUAUAUUUUUGUUUUACUGCAGUGUGGCUUGACUGAAUUGGUAGAAAUACACUGGCUAUCUUUCUGUGUAUUGCACUUGGGAGGUGAAAUAGGCUCAGUUUCAUGAGUCCGGUAUCUUUCCUGAUACACAUACAACAGUCCGGGAUAUCUCAGCAGUGCUAGUAGCAUAGCGCCAAUCUGUCCAUUCUGUUAAAUAUUUACAUGUCCAUCUGUCUUUUGCAUCUGUACAUCUCUACAUAUAAUUUGCCUGUCACUUCUUCUGUCUAUAACAGUAGAUUAUUUAUCUACUAAUCUACCACUCCAGAUACAGAUAUGUCAAUAUCAUUGCUUUACUUACAUUUUUAUGUUAUUUUUUUCUUAUUUGGUGCUUUUAUUUAUUUUCUUAUCAUUUGGUGACUUGUUUACUCUUUUGUCUGAUUUGUGGUUUUGUUGCUGAUUUGUGUUAUGAUUUUUACAUUUGAAAGAACAUUGCACUACUAGCGCCAAUGCAGCUAAUGUUUCUAUUGGUCCUGCCAACUGUUGUGACUACAUCACCGCUAAGGGAAUAAGGCACUGGGUGCAGCCAUGCCACUUUCCAAUCAGGGGAGAAAGAGAGGGAAGACAGAGAUGGAAGAAGAGAAGGCUACUACAAUAACACUGAAUGGGAUUUAUGCUAUAAAGACUGAUACUGGAUACAAUUUUAAUGUCAUAACACAGAAAAAAAAGAAUCAAGAACUGUAUAAAAUAUAUUUCAAUGGAAUGUUUAUAAUUUACCUUUUAUAUUUUUGAAACGUGUAAAGAAAAAAAGGUUAAUAAACAGUAAUAAUUUAACAAACAAGUUUGUGAAAAAAGAGACUUAAACACAGUUCUAUUAUUAAAAGUAUGAAAGUUUGAAAGUGAAUGCUAAUUAAUCUGAAAAACUCUUCUCCAUUGCAGAUAGGAAAAUAAAACAAGAAUAAUAAAACGAAACCCCCCCCCCCACAAAAUUAACUGGAAAAACAAGCAAAUCCAAUUCAAAGAGAAAACAUCAAAAACUCUAUAAAAAUAUUAAAAGCUUAUGCCAAAAUGUU